GCAUACAGGGACGGGCACUAUGUGCUUGUUAACUGUACUGGCUGUAUCGAAAGUAGCACAGACAGUAACCGGAGCUCAGAGUCCAGUCGGAUUACAGCAAGACUUUUUUUAUUCGUCACAGCUACAAAAUCACGCCGGCAGCAUUUUGUUUUUAAAUUGGGACACCUCGGUUCUGCUGGCAGGAGGGCUGUACUGCUAUGCAAAGCUGUUCAGAGGAGGGCAGUAACUUUGUUGAGCGCUGCAGUGCAGUGGGUAUAGCUGCUGUGCAGUUUGAGGAAUGCUGCUCUGCGUGUGUGACCGACUCUGACUGGCUGUCAGUGGGCCUGGCUGUGGAAAUAAACAGUGGUGUGUGCUCCAAUUUAAAACAUGUAUAGGGAAUGGGUCAUGCAUUUUCCUUUUCUGUUUCUCUUUAUUAACCAAAGGUUGAAAACACGGAACCAGAUGACCUCAGUGUAGCAAAGUGCAGUAGUGUUUCGGUUUUUUUUUUGUAUCGCGAGGCAAUAUAUGCAGCGUUAAAAACUUUCAUUUGUGCGCUUCGUGUUUUUAUUUUAUUAUUAUUACAGCUGUUUUUUUUUUAACAAAACAAGGAUAACCAAAGUAUACACAUAUUUGUUCAAAAAAUCUGUUGCUGUUUGUGUUCUAGAUGUUUUAAUUUUUUUUAAAGAAGAUACUGUAUUAUGUUCAGAUAUGUCGCUCCUGGAAAGUGUCCUGGCAUGCUUAGCGCCGGGUGGCGUUGAUAUGCAAUGGUUUUGCUUGGCUACUCUCUUCGCUGCCUCCAUAGUGACAGUGCUGCUCUAUUUACUCCAGUACUCGGUUGGCAUUUUCCGGGUUCGGACCCCGAGUAGAACUUGUGGUGCUUUCCCUGAGUCGGAAGAAGCUGACCGGUUACUGAGCUGGGCGCUGUCGUUGAAGAACUGGAAAAGCCAGUGGCAGGAAGCGUGGUUUACUUCCAUUAACAAAGAAGCUAAACGGAUUGGGGGACCUUUGCAGCUCACAUUUCAAGAAUGCGGACUUCAACCAGCAGAACUGGCUGUCAGCCAGGUUUCCAGUUUCCGAAAGGUAGACGAGGACAAGAUUGUGUGCUGCCAAGUCGUCGGGGAAAGUGUGCAGUUUUCCCUUGGCGUGACUCGGAGGACAGCCACCGCAGCAGCAGGACUGCAGAAGACGUACAGCAUUCAAAUCUCCCCCUUCAAACUACAGUUGGAGCUCAGGCUGCAUGAGGCGGAGCAGGAUAUUCAAGUCUCCUGGUCCCUUUCACGCCUGGAAGACUGGAACCUGCAGGUCACACCAAGGAAUAGAGAUGAGCUGCCUGAAGGAAAUCCAGAUAUCGCAGCUCUCAGAAAUACACUUGAAGAUAUCAUUUGUUCAGCCCGCCCAUCUGUGCUUCUGAGCACCAAACCUGCAGAUGGAAAAGAGGCCAAGGGUAUCCGAAAUGUGGGAUCAUCUUCUUCUCAGGUCACCUCUCCCCCCAAACCACCGCGGGCUCACGAUUGGAAACUACUAUUGAAGAAUAUAAAAGCCAUGUAUAACACUGGAGAUGAUGCUGCAGGCAGUAUUCAUCCAUACUUUGCAAUACAGCUGGAUGACCCUCCACAGCAGCUUUCAAGCCCUGUAAUAAAGAACACUACUACCCCUUCGUGGGACCAGCCUGUCAUGCUUGAGCUCAGUGCUAAAUCAAAGGAGUUAAAGAUACAGCUUCUGGAUGAGGGCAAGCCCCCAAAAAGUGCCAUGCUGGGUCUGGUUUCUGUGCCUUUGGAUCUGUUUAAGAGACAUCCUUCCGGGCUGCACACCUUUGCACUGAACAGCACCGACGCAGCGAGAGGGUCCGUCUCUGCUGAGUUCACGUACCUAGAGCCCAGUGAGCUGCGGUCAUGGCAGGCUCCCACCCCCGCCCCCACCAAGAAGGUGGAGAUGGACCGGACCGUCAUGCCGUGUGGGACAGUGGUGACCACGGUCACUGCAGUGAAAAGCAAGCCUGGGAGAUCUCCUUCGGCGCUCAGUGCAGAUUCUCCCAUGAAGAUUCCCUCUAGACUGAAACUGUCUGAAAGAAGCGUCUCUGAUCAAACUGGCCCCACAGGAGCCACAGUCAGCAAGGCCCUGUCCUCCUCUGAUACAGAGCUGCUGAUGCUGAACGGUACAGACCCGGUGGCAGAAGCAGCAAUUCGGCAGCUUCACGAGUCUGCCAAGCAGCGCCUGAGAUCUCCAGUGAAGAAGAGCACCAUCAUCAUCUCAGGGGUGGCAAAGUCUCCUAUAUCUCAGGACGAUGAAACGGCCCUCAUGAGGGGCUACGCUGCAGCGAUGGACGCCUCGAUGACCCAGGAGCCUCUCUGCGCUGCUCCAGAGGCCCCUCCCCUCGAGCUGGAGAUCCCAGAGCCACAGAAGGGUCCCAGCGGCAGCCCUGCCCGAGGGGGGGAGCUCAGCGCUGUCCAGGACCCCGACACCGAGACCCAGUCCCAACUCUCACUGUGCGUGUCCGAGUCUGGCACCGUCAAGAAAUCCAAAGGCGGGUUCUUGCACAAGAGCGCCAGGCUGUUCUUCCGACGCCGGCACCACCGGAAGGACCCGGGCAUGAGCCAGUCACACAACGACCUGGUGUACCUGGAGCAGCCCGUGGCUGUGGAGAAGGAGAGGAAGUCUGCUACCCUCAGCCGCAUCAUCAACAGGAAGCUGCUUCCCAGGAACAAGAGCAAGAGCAAAGUGAACGGAGCCAUGGGGGACCCCAGUGCAUGAUCACUGUGCAAAUACCCGUCCACGCAUUCACAUUGCCCCAGUGCAUGAUCACACAUUCACAUUGCCCCAGUGCAUGAUCACACAUUCACAUUGCCCCAGUGCAUGAUCAUUGUGCAAAUACCUGUCCACACAUUCACAUUGCCCCAGUGCAUGAUCACUGUGCAAAUACCUGUCCACGCAUUCACAUUGCCCCAGUGCAUGAUCACACAUUCACAUUGCCCCAGUGCAUGAUCACUGUGCAAAUACCUGUCCACACAUUCACAUUGCCCCAGUGCAUGAUCACUGUGCAAAUACCUGUCCACGCAUUCACAUUGCCCCAGUGCAUGAUCACACAUUCACAUUGCCCCAGUGCAUGAUCACUGUGCAAAUACCUGUCCACACAUUCACAUUGCCCCAGUGCAUGAUCACUGUGCAAAUACCUGUCCACGCAUUCACAUUGCCCCAGUGCAUGAUCACACAUUCACAUUGCCCCAGUGCAUGAUCACAGUGCAAAUACCUGUCCACACAUUCACAUUGCCCCAGUGCAUGAUCACUGUGCAAAUACCUGUCCACACAUUCACAUUGCCCCAGUGCAUGAUCACUGUGCAAAUACCUGUCCACGCAUUCACAUUGCCCCAGUGCAUGAUCACACAUUCACAUUGCCCCAGUGCAUGAUCACUGUGCAAAUACCUGUCCACACAUUCACAUUGCCCCAGUGCAUGAUCACUGUGCAAAUACCCGUCCACGCAUUCACAUUGCCCCAGUGCAUGAUCACUGUGCAAAUACCUGUCCACGCAUUCACAUUGCUUUAGAACGCUUCAUGAAGAUGCAGUACUGUAUGCAGUUGAUCAGGCUGCUUUUACACACCGCACCAGCACUGGCACUGAAGGGAACACAGUCACAAGAUUAGUGCUAAUUGGGGUGUGUGAAACCAGCCACUGUUUAUUGAGUGUUGUUGUGGGUUGAGCAGAAAAAAAAAAAAAACAUAAAUUGUUUCAGCUCUCUAUGCAACACGGAAAUGAAUUGGGAGGGCGUGUGUGUGCAAAGGUUUCUAUUACUUCAACACGUGUGCUCCCACAUUUACAAUUCAUGUUUAUUGACUAAGAAAAGGAAUUAUACAAAGUGGGAUUUGAAUUGAAGGGAAUGUCAUUGCUAGUCUGAUCUCGGAGAUGUGUGAUUGUGUGCGUAUGAUUGUCUGUGUCUGUGGUUUUGUGUGUGAUUGUUUUUUCAGAUGGGGAUGAAACAGACAUCUCAAGCUCACUCUUUAUUAAGAUGGCUAAUCUUUUUGACUACAACAAGUUUAUCAUGAGCCUAUUUAACCCCUAUUUAACCCCAGUUUUGAGGGAACCGUUUUGUGAAAGAUGGGUGUUUGCAUCAACUCAUGGCACCUGUGAUGUACAGUUUCUCUAUUUUCUCUGGAAUCAAAGAUUUAACCGUACGACAGGUCAGCCAAAGCAGAGACAAGUAUCCAAAGACUGAAGCAAAGUGAGAAUUGCCCUUAAAUAAAUUUGUGAGGUAAAACACUGAAUUGUAGCCAGAUCACAGCAUUAAUAACCCUUUUGCCAUUUUAAAUGAUGUUUUUGCAUCACAGAGCUGGGUUCAGUAACAGGCAGCUAGCUUGCUGAAGUUGCUUGUUUUACAUGCAUGCAAGGAGGUUAAAGUUAUUCAUUCUCCACACUCAUUAGAGAGCAGUAGUCUUUCUGAAAUACUCAACACUGGCAUGUGUAGCAAUCCUAAAAGAAACAUUUUCACAACAAGUCUUUCUGAAGACAUUGAGGAAGAGUUGUAGGCGAAACGUUUGUUUCAGUAUAACUCAAAACCAUUGAUGUUCUGCAUUAAAGGAUCCCUCUGUGUCGGGGUCCAGUAACAAUGACCAGUUUUGUCUUGCCAGUCGACUUCCUCACAGCUACACAGCUGCAUCAUCAUAAGUCGCACAUUUAUUUAAAGUUUUUUUGGUUGCUUUCUGUUUGUUAUUCCUGGUGCGCUAAAAUCCAUUUGGCAACAUAGGUGCAGAAGACGUGAUGCACCGUAUAAAACAUGCAGUAGUAUUGUGUAGCCUACAGCACACCCCAGCGUGUCCUUGUAUAGAUGUACACUUCUUACACAGUUACCGUGCUACUGCUGGUCUAAGAUUAGUGUGAGAGAGCGGUUUCUAAAGCACUGCUGGAAGACAACCCCUAACAUUAAACUCCAGAACACACAGCGUGCAUCGUGGUGUCUGUGCAGAAGCCCAGCAGUUAGAAGCGCCUAACCUAACUUGCACAAAGCUCUAUUGUCUGGUUCCACAGACCCUGAUUCGCACAAAUACUCGACUCCCUAAUGGUGCCUCAGGUAAAGUAAUCCCAGAUUAGGGCUGAUCAGGGUCUGCGAGCCCAGCUGCAUGUCAUGUAUGGUUUUCAAAUUGCUUUGAACACUACAGUAGAACAGCCACAAGGGGCCGGUCAGUUCUGCGUUUGUUGCUUUUUUUGUUGUGAAUUUCCAAUGCAUUGUUUUUUAUUGUGCUUUUGCCAACAAAGCUUUAGUCUAACAAAAGCAAACAAAUUGAAGCAAACUUUCUACAGCAGAGGACAUCAGUCCGUUCCCAUGGGCUCGUUGCAUUUACACCCAGACAUCAGUCCGUUCCCAUGGGCUCGUUGCAUUUACACCCAGACAUCAGUCCGUUCCCAUGGGCUCGUUGCAUUUACACCCAGACAUCAGUCCGUUCCCAUGGGCUCGUUGCAUUUACACCCAGACAUCAGUCCGUUCCCAUGGGCUCGUUGCAUUUACACCCAGACAUCAAUCCGUUCCCUUGGACUCGUUGCAUUUACACCCAGACAUCAGUCCGUUCCCAUGGGCUCGUUGCAUUUACACCCAGACAUCAGUCCGUUCCCUUGGGCUCGUUGCAUUUACACCCAGACAUCAGUCUGUUCCCUUGGACUCGUUGCAUUUACACCCAGACAUAAAGUCUGUACCCUACGCGCGUGUGUGUGUGUGUGUGUGUGUGUGUGUGUGUGUGUGUGUGUGUGUGUGUGUGUGUGUGGGUAGAAUAUUUAAAUUUUUAUGAUGACUUGCAACCCAUAAAGACAGCGGGUAGCUAUCCUAACUCCAUGCAACAUGCUGCCGUUUCUAAGCGUUAUUGUGGGAAUUCUUACAUUAACUUAAGACAUCCAGUUUGGUCUGGGUGUAAACCAGAAACACAAAUGCCAUCAGUCAUUAUAGAAAACAAAAACAAAUACUAAUAAAUAAAUAAAUAAAUAAAUAAGCAUUUCACGUAAAAACGACAUUGGCAUGGAUGACUGUAUUCGAAUUAGGAGGUGUAGUUUAUACACGAUACUUUAAUGAGAAGGAGUAAACUCUGUAUAAAAAGACUAAAGGGACCUGUGCACUUUGCACACUCUUAUGCAUCGAUGGUUAUCUCUCUCGAUCUAGUCUGAAGUAUCCAGAGCCACUCAGUGCUGAGAGGGGGGCUGUAUAAUAGUGACGUUCACUGUCUGCUUCAGAUGCCUCUUAAAUGCUUACUUAGAAUGCAUUGCAACCUUUGUCAUUUAACUUUCUAACUAAAGGUAAAAAAGGCUGUUUUCAUACUGUUCUGAGCCUAAUACAAGCCUACCUGAAAAAUGAAUAUAAAUUACCUGUAAUAAAUAUCACCUGUAAAUAAUGUAUCUGCUUACAAAUACUUGAUAUCUGAGACUGGCUUUGCUAUAUGAAAACUGACUGCUGCUGUGAAACGUUUCAGUGAACGCAGUGCAGGGAUUAUUAGGACUAAUCACCAAAUCAGGAUUGGAAUUUGGAGCAAUAAUAAAAUAUUGAAUAACACAA